AAACAAGUACGGUAAAAGACCAACAGCUUCAUAGUGCAUGUGAUUCGCCUCGACUUGCAUCAACACCAUGGCAACCUCCAAGGCAGCAUAUCUUGCUGAAAAGGCCAUUGGCCACGACGACAACGCCGUCACCCAGCAGGAUGUCUCCAGCUACCCGCAGGCCGGCGCGGACACCAUGAAGGCGCUGGUGUGGAGGGGGAAGCAAAAGGUCGAGAUUGCCGACGUGCCCAAGCCCCAGAUCCUCGAAGACACCGACGUGAUCCUCAAGGUCACCGGCUCGACCGUCUGCGGCUCCGACCUGCACCUCUACCACGGCGCCGUGGUGCAGCUGGCCGACGGCGACAUCCUGGGCCACGAGUUCUGCGGCGUCGUCGAGCUGGUCGGCCGCGCCGUCACCAAGGUGCAGGUCGGCAAGCGCUACGUCGCCUCGUUCCAGAUCGCCUGCGGCGACUGCUUCUUCUGCAAGCAGGGCCUGUCGUCGCAGUGCGAGACGACCAACGCCAACACGGCCGCAAAGAGCCUCUACGGUGGCCGCACCGCCGGCAUCUUUGGCUACUCGCACCUCACGGGCGGCUUCGCUGGCGGGCAGGCCGAGUAUGUCCGCGUGCCGCUGGGCGACGUGAAUCUGCUCGAGAUUCCGGAUGACGUCUCGGACGAGAAGGCCCUCUACCUCUCCGACGUCCUCUGCACCUCGUACAACGCCGUCAAGGACACCGCCGUCUACCCCAACGACCAGGUGGCCAUCUUCGGCGCCGGCCCCAUCGGCCAGAUGGCCGGCGUCUUCGCCCUCGGCGAGGGAGCGUCAAAGGUCAUCUUUGUCGACACGGAGCCGCGCCUCACCAUCAUCAAGCAGCGGUUCCCCGCCGAGCACGCCUCCAAGCUCGUGCUGGUCGACUACAAGAAGCUGUCGCACGGCAUCACCUCCAAGGAGACGGUCGUCAGCAAGCUCAAGGAGAUUUGCGACGGCCGCGGCCCAGACGUCGCCAUCGAGUGCGCGGCCGGCGAGUACGCCAAGGGCUGGAUGCACUGGCUGGAGAUGGCGAUUGGCGCCGAGACGGACACGAGCGAGAUUCUCAACGAGAUGAUUGAGGGCGUGCGCAACUAUGGCCGCUGCGGCGUCACCGGUGUUUAUGUCGCAUACACCAACCAUUUCAACAUUGGCUCCCUCAUGCAGCGCGGCAUCCGCCUCAUCGGAAACGGUCAGGCGCCGGUGCACAAGUACUGGAAAGAACUGCUCGCCAAGAUCCAAAAGGGCGAGCUCGAUCCCUUGCAGAUGGUCUCUCACAGGGUCCGGCUGGAGGACCUGGACAAGGUGUACAAGAAGUUUGAAGUCAAGGAGGAUGGCAUGCAAAAGGUCUAUGUCGAGACCAAGUUUUCCAAGCCCAAGGAUCCGGGGUGUCCCGAGUUGACGAGGUAUUAAAAUGAUGGUGCGGUGUUGGGGUUUUGUUUACGAUUUGAUGAGAGACGUGGGCAUAUGAAGGAGUUGGGGGAUAUGACGAGAGUGUUCGCAGGUUUUGUGUCAUACGUGGACGUCUGAAGGAGUUGGGGGAUAUGUUGAAGCAUUUGCAGGGUUGAUGAGGGACGUGGACAUAUGAUGAGUUUGGGGUCAAUGGACGUGUCAACAAGGAGUUUGCGGGUUUGAUGAGGGAAUGAGAUUGCUGCUUGUACCAAUUGAGAAGCCUUGUACUUAUAUAUCCAGAAUGAUACUACUACCACUUGCUAUGA